AGUAUGAUGCGAAUAUAUCCUGGGCGGAAGCACUUCAUCUAUGGAGAGCCCAGGAAGCUCAUCACCAAAGAUUUGGUGAGGCUGGAGUAUCUAGAGUACCGCCAGGUGGCCAACAGUGAUCCUCCACGCCAUGAGUUCCUGGGUGGUCCGAAAGCCCUAGUUGAAACCACCAAGACGACAGUCCUGCAAUUUUUGUCUAAAGUCAAUUAUGCCAUCCCUACUGCUUUCCCAGCCUAUUAUGAACAGGUUCUGCAAGAAGAAGGAGCGAGAGCCCAAGCCAGAGGUGCAACCAGGGCUUGCGCUACUACCAAAGUCCUUGCCCCUUCCCGUGUGAUGACCAGGAGGAUCUUCCAACCUCUAAUGAAAUCUGAGGUUUCUAAACCACCAGACAAGAAAAUACAACAUCAGAGUAAGAAUUAGAUUAUUAGCAAUGUGAAAGAGUCUCACAGUAAAAUAGGUAGGAUUAAUAGAAAAAAAAAAUUCAAACAUGGUC